AAAUAGCAGGCCGGGGUUGCGCAGGAAUAAUUAAGCUUAAGCGCCAUCGAAAUCAAGGUGGUUUGUUGGUGAUUAAAGAUGGAGAAACAAAGAUUAUAAUGAUGUGUAAUUGAUCAGUGUAGGGGAGUUGGUUAGGGUUUCACAUCAUGGAGUUAAUUAGGGCUAGGAUUGGAGUUUUGGAGAUGUAAAAAAAGAGAGGAAAAAAAUGGCCAACUCCAUGCAUAGGCAGUGGCAGGAGGAGGCCUUUAUUUCAAACCUUUGAAAGCCCUGCCCCCAACUAGAUUCUUCCUCGCAGUAAUAGCUAACCUCAUUAUCGUCCAUAUAUUAUAUGUAGCCUUUUUCACCCCUUUAACACACACAGUGAUCGCAACCCUCUUGAAAUCAUCCUCUCUCUCUCUCUCUGCAAAUCAAAAAUGAAGAGAAAAUGGGAAGACUGCCCACAAGCUGAAAACAUAGAUCAGUUUCCACCUGACAUUGAGCUCCACCUUGAGACUCCAUUACCUUUGGAGUGGCAACGAUGUCUGGAUAUUCAGUCGGGGCAGAUACAUUUCUACAACACGAAGACUCGGAAGAGAUCCUUCAAGGAUCCAAGAAGACCGGAUCAGCCGCGGAGCAGCCCCGGCGAGGAUGAUCCCUUGAGCUUGGACCUUGAGCUCAAUCUGAAUUGCCAAUCAAAGAAGAAGAGCGAUGGGGUGAUUAUGUCUGGUUUGGGAAGAGGUUCGAUACAUGGUCCAUCAUGGCUAAGGUUGGAAAGAGAGGAACAAGCUGAGAUGGUGGCCAGAGUUUGCAUGCAGUGUCACUUAUUGGUUAUGGUUUUAAAGUCCUCACCGACAUGCCCCAAUUGCAAAUUCAUACACCCAAUACCGACAGACCUGCAAAUUAUCCCUCCAACUACAACUACAACUACUUUGUUUAUAGCCUCUCACCCUACCAAGGAUCAAACCCAGUCUUUGAAACGUUUCUCCAACGCUAUUCAAAAUAAAGUCUGAUUGUGUUUAGAGAUUUAAUUAGUAUUUAUAUGGGGAGUUACGUUCAGUGUAUUAUCAGGGGAAGACCGGAGAGGCAGCUUUGUUUUCGAAAAAUGUGUAUUAUAUGGAAAAGGAAUUACUCUAUGUCAAGGGUGAUCAAUGCAAUUGUGUGAGAGAUCUUACUCAAUUUUUCUAA